CACUCUGAGACUUCUGAUUGGACGCUGGCGCCGCGGUCUGGCGGCGCAGAGCGCAGGUGGCACAGUCCAGUCACCGCGCGUCCCGGGUCACGAUGAGCCGCCGCCAGCCCCGGUUAUAACAACCAGGAGGAUAAACACCCGGUGCCGGUACCGGACAGGUCGGGGGCUCUCACCUGGUUCCUUCUAUUCGUUGCCCCGCGCAGCUCGUCAGGACCGACCGACCCGCGAUGCUGAGCGCGUUUAAGAUGGAGGCGCACGAGCUGCCGGACUGGAGCGGCAGCGGCUACUACGGAGAGGCCGAGUGUUACUCCGCGGCAGGACACAUGAACUCCAUGAGCAGCUACAUGAGCGCGCCUGGCAUGAGCGGCGCCGGCCACAUGAACGCGCAUUACGUGACCCCGGUCGGGAUGGGCCCCGCCUCGGUGCCGGUGGCGGGCGGGAUGUCGCAGCAGGGCCCCGGGGCCGCGGGGCCGCAGGGCCCCGGGGCGCCGCCGGGCCUGAGCUCCGUCAGCCCGCCGCCGUACGGCUCCGUGAUGCCGGUGAUGACGAGCCCGGUGUACGGACAGGCCUGCGGCGGCGUCCGGUCCCGGGAGCCCAAACCGUACCGGCGGAGCUACACGCACUCGAAGCCGCCGUACUCGUACAUCUCGCUCAUCACCAUGUCCAUCCAGCAGUCGGGCUGCAAGAUGCUGACGCUGAACGAGAUCUACCAGUGGAUCCAGGACCUGUUCCCGUUCUACCGGCAGAACCAGCAGCGGUGGCAGAACUCCAUCCGACACUCGCUCUCCUUCAACGACUGCUUCAUCAAGGUGCCGCGCUCCCCGGACAAACCGGGCAAGGGCUCCUUCUGGGCGCUGCACCCGGACUCGGGCAACAUGUUCGAGAACGGCUGCUACCUGCGGCGCCAGAAGCGCUUCAAGACCGGGAGGACGCCCGGGGCCGGGGGGGCCGGGGCCGGGGGGGCCGGGGGGGCCGGGGGGGCCGGGGACAAGGAGGAGGCUCCGGCCGGGGGGAAGCCGGGCUCGGAGGGCGGCUCGGUCGCCAGCUCCGGCUCGGACUCCCCGCCCUCCUCCUCCCCCCCCCCGGCCUCGGAGGUGAAGGCCCCCGGGUCGGACCUCGGACCGCACCGCGGCGAACUGUUGCCCUCCAGCCCGGUGCGCGCGCCCUCCCCGCUCGCGCACAGCCAGCACCUCUUCUCCCAUCACCACCACCAUCAUCAUCAUCAUCCUCAUCCUCAUCACCAUCACCAUCACCCGCUGCUGCUGCACGACGCGGGCCCCCCCCACCCCCACCCCCACCCCGCCUACUACUCCUUCAACCACCCGUUCUCCAUCAACAACCUCAUGUCCGAUCCGCAGCUCCACCGGCUCGAGCCCGCGGGGCAGUACGGGGCCUACGGCGGCCCGCCGGUGCCCAACAAACCGGGCCUGCAGCAGGACCCGGGGGCGCACAGCGACCCCAGCUACUACCACGGCGUGUACACCAGGCCCCUCAUGAACACAUGAGAGAAUACUGAAUAAUGAAAAGAGAUCUUUUGGGAGUAAAAAUCAUAACUUGAAAAACGAGAGCAAGUUUCCUUCAAGUGUCCAGAGGAGGAAGAGGAGGAGAAGAUGAUGAAGAACUGUUUCCCACAAUCCAUCGUGUCAUUUGUGUUGAUUUGUGCAACAGAUAAAAAAUUCUUUGUGUGGAAACUAUUUUUUUUUCUCCUUUUGUUUUACUUCAUUGGUCCCAAUUUUUUGAACCUGGACUCUGUUUGUUUUUUGUUUUUUUUAAAUCAGCUUCUUAAAAAAUAAAUAAAUGUGUUUUUUUAGCAGAAAAAGACAAUUUGACUCAAAGAAAUAAAUAUAUGUGACACAACAACACAUCAACCACCAAAAGAGAAAAAAUAUGAAUAAGCAAAAGUGGUGAGCAAAGAGAGGCCAGAAAUACUGUUUUUAUUAAAUUGCAAAAUUAGUCCAUUUAAAAAAAAAAUUGAGUAAAGAAAAACUAGUUAAGUGUGAUAUUAAAUAACAUAUUUGUACAUUUUUGUUGGGAUGUGCAGCUCCACGACUGGACAGUGGUGAACAAAAAUUAAAAUACACAAGGAAAAAAACAGAAGUAUGUAGUUUUCUGUAGAGCUGCAACAG